CGGCUUCCAUUGCGCGCUUGUGCACGUUCUUCUGCUCAGAAAUCAGAGUAUUGAGCCUGGUCAAGUACAGCGAGGACGUGGUAAUUAUGCACUGAGGCGGAAUGUGAUGAAGCCAUCGUCACUCCGCGAAACAAACAGCAUCAGCAUCGUCGGCGUCGUUGUUAGAACCCAUGCAUCUUGGCCCCGCACAUCGUCCCGUUAGGGGUUGGCGCCUGUGGGAAACCCUGCGCUCCCGAGCAUCAUUUCGGUCUCUUGGAUGUGUUUGGACUGGCCUGGCCGACUUCUUCCACGCUUGGCGCGGCCGACCCGGCGAUUGUAGCCCCAGAGUGACUGAUUUAUUACUUCGGACUUUAUUAUUAUACGCGCGAACACGCGUUAGAAGACGCGGGUUUGCUUGCUACCACCCUUUGUUGGGCGGUUUCUUGCUGUCUUGCCUCUUAUCAGUACUUCUUCUUCCGAAGGUAUGCGAUGCCUGCACGACACCAAAGUCAUCGACGGAUUUCGAGUUGGCCAGAUAUACUACACACACAGUGAGCGCAUGCUGGCUGGCUGAACGUCGAGGUUUCCGUACCAGCUGCAUCAGCUUGGCGCUUCAAUGCGAAAUGAUGCAAGUGCUGAUGCAGCUUGAAGGGACCGUUAGAUUACUCCAUAAUACGGAUCUGGCUGUCCUUUUUUGAACAUCGAAAACUGCGGCCCCCAGCCUGGUAAAUUCGUCACGUACUUGAAAACCCCAUUGCACGUACGUAGUACGUACUCGCGCGACAAAAUUCCCGGGCAGGCUUGUAAC